AAAAUACCGGAAACGGGAGUGCUUGUUGAGACCUUGUAGAGGGCCCCUCAUAGUGAACGUGUGCGCGCCGCCGUUCCUGGAAAAUUUUCCAAAACAAGAAUCCUCUCCCGCCGCGUACCAUUUUCUUCUACCACCUCCCCAUGCGGCAGCGGCUGCGACAACGAAGCUCAGACGAACGGAGUGUCGAAAAAAUUUAUUGAUUUUGGGAAAAAUUCUUGUGUCAAGAAGAAGCACACGGUUUCACAGUGUUGUCCGUCCAACUCAAAUCAAACGGGGCACCGUGGAGUGUUGCUUACGGCGGCUACAAAAGUGCACCCAAAAUAAGGAAGAAUUAGUGUACAUAUACGAUUGCCAGUGAGGUUAUUCUGUUCGGUUCAAGAAGCGCCCUUUGGUGGCGGGAAGAGUGCGAGAAAGGAGAGGGGCGGAAAAGGAAAGCAAAAGUGUGGGAUAAAGUGUAAAGUGUGUUAAUUGGCCUGCCGACGACGAUUGCUGCUUCAAAACAACACCAAAGGAUAAACCAGGAAGUGUGUGCGUGUGUCGUGUGUGUGAUACACGGACGAAAUAAAAGGCGAGCCCCAAAAAGAAUAAAGUGCGGGUGUUCGAGGGAAAGUUUACGCAACCAUCAUGUCAGAGCACCAUCGCGGUGCUUGGGGAACCCGGGAGGACGCCGUCUGGUGGCCAACGAGUAUCUCAUCGACGGAUCAGCAAACGAUUCAGCAUCACCAACAUCUUCUUAACCAGCAUCAUCAACAGCAGCUUGCACAACAGCAGGCCCAAUUGCAACAUCAGGUUGCUGUACAGCAGCAGCAGCAGCAACAACAACAGCAGCAGCAGCAGCAACAACAACAACAACAACAGCAGCAGACACAGGCACACAAUAACGACAACGCCCGAAGCAAUAGUACAACGUCUACGUCUGCCACACAGCAGCUGUUCUCCUACAAAAUGGCCAACAGCUUUCAGAAUCCGGUUACGACAAUAUCGGGCGUAACGGUGUCCACCGCAAAUUCUCCCUAUGACUAUCGUCUUGGAAUGAGCACAGCAGGAGUCGUGUCACGACCGGGCGAUCCACCGACGAUGGCUAGUACUGCACCGACAACCCAGUGGUGGUACCCCGGAGGACAGAACGCCCUCGACAACUCCCUACAACAACAGCAGCAGCAACAGCAACAACAGCAGCAGCAACAACAACAGCAGCAGCAACAACAGCAACAGCAGCAGCAACAACAACAUCAGGUACAACAGCAAAGCCAACCGCAACAGCAGAAUCAACAUCAAGCCCAUAGUCAACAGACCCAAUUGAAUCAAUCACACGUGCAGCAGACGCAGAACAAUGCGAUCCAGAACAAAAUUGGAGGCGGCAACCGACCCGUCAAGGACAAUAAACCAAGGGGGCGCAUGACAGCGUAUGCCUUUUUCGUACAAACCUGCCGCGAAGAGCACAAAAAGAAACAUCCGGAGGAGCAAGUCAUAUUCGCCGAAUUCUCCCGAAAGUGCGCAGAACGGUGGAAGACGAUGCUGGAUAAGGAAAAACAGCGCUUCCACGAGAUGGCCGAAAAGGAUAAGGCGCGAUACGAGCUGGAAAUGCAGAGCUACGUUCCACCGAAGGGCACCGUCGUCGGCCGUGGCAAGAAGCGAAAGGCCUUCAAGGAUCCUAAUGCCCCCAAGCGGUCACUGUCGGCAUUCUUCUGGUUCUGCCACGACGAACGGAACAAGGUGAAGGCUCUGAACCCGGAGUACGGUGUCGGUGAUAUCGCCAAGGAACUCGGCCGAAAGUGGUCCGACAUGGAUGCGGAAGUCAAGUCCAAGUACGAGCAGAUGGCGGAGAAGGACAAGCAGCGAUACGAGGCGGAAAUGACCGAGUACAAGCUGAAGUGCAAAAACGAGCAGCAGGGUGGCGGCGGAACAGCACUAAACCUCGGUGGACUGCAGCAAACCGGCCUCCAGAACCUGCCCCAGCACGUGCAGCAAGCAGCGGCAGCUCAGCUGCAAGCCCAGGUGCAGCAGCAGUUGGCUGCUCAGGCGGCAGCGGCAGCUGCAGCCGCGGCGGCUCAUCAUGCCAACGAUGACGAUGACGAUGGUGACGGUGACGAGGAUGAUGACGAGUAAAAUCAAGCUUUCGAUUUGUAUUAUAAAUAUUUUCUUACGAUGAUAUUAAGCAACCGGCAACAGCAACAACAACAACAGCAGCAGCAGCAACAACAUCAGCAGCAGCCGCAACAGCAACAACCACCACUAGCAGGAGGGACGACAGGGCAGUCGGCUCUGCUCGCCAGUUUGAUCAACCAUCGACAGCAGCAGAAAAGGAAGCCUCAGCAGAACAGUGACGAUGGCGAGCUGGAGCGCGAUCGGUCCUAUCCGCCUCCUCCUUCUUCUGGUAACUGAAGACAUAUAGCCACAAAACACAUUCAACACACAUCCCGUCUUGAAGCUGACACAAUCCAGGAAGCCUCCGGUGAAUGAUAGAAUCCACUCUCGUUCCGUCAUUUGCUGCUCCACACUUCUAGAAUAGCUAGUGUGUGAGGAUUUCCGGAUGUUGUUCUUGAAGAAAAAAUAAACUGCAAUAUUCCUUCCAAGAAAUAAUAAGAGUAAAAGAAAAAGAAGAAAAAAAACAACCAUCUCUAAAUGUUGUUCGGGGCAAAAGACAAAAAAAUGGUGUCCAUCAGAAGAUGACCUAAAUUCUAAAGCUCCUUUUUUUCUAUUUAAAAGCAGCAGCAGUUUGAAAAGUCGAAUUCAAUUUUGAUUUCGAAGGAAUUAUUCAUUCAUACAUAAAAACUACAACAAAAACAGGCCAACUUUUUUUUUUUAAUUUAUUAAUCGAUAAAUCAAAAUCAGUGAGAAGUAGCUUUCAAUGGAGCGUUCGAAAUGAACCAAAAUAUCCAAGAAGAUAAGUGAGUCACUAAAGUAGUUCACUGAGACAAACAAAACAAACAAGCACACAUUGACAGAACAAAAAGUUAAGGAAAUAUUUCUCAAUACAAAAUGAGAAAGGUUGAUAAUGUAUAAGCGGAAGCGGAAAGGAGGAAGAGAGCAAAGUAACAACUACUAAAAAAACGUACACAACAGUUGUAGACAUCGGACGCUAUGGACACUCGCUGCCAUGAUAGCCAUGGUCCCCGGCGAGUGCAAGAUAGAAUGGAGAAGAAGAUGAAGAAAAGUAUAAGCGGAAGUGAAUGGCGCGUGUGUGGGCUUAUAUCUGUAUUAUAUUAAGCGAAGAGGAGCGAGAAGAAAGGAGUAAUUCAGGAACUCUCGUUCUCUCUUCCUGUAGAGUACCACCCGAAAACAAAAUUCCGUCAUCCUCCCCCUCCACACACACAUGCUUUUUGUUGUUUAUUUUGGAAUGGAAUGAACAAUGUAACUUUAAAAUACACUCUGACUUAGUGCUAUUUGCUUUCGGUUUUUUUUUUUUCGGAAAAUUACAAACACCGUUGUAUUUGUAGAACAAAAUCUAUUCUCGACUAUUGUUGGAUGAGAGGAAAAAAACUCCGAGAGCCAAACUCUUCGACUUUCGCAGGAAUAAUAAUUUGUUCGAUCACGACAUCCCUUUGGUUUUCUUUUUUUCUAGUAAAGAUUGGUUUCCAUGACAAAUGGCGCGUCACUACUUAAGAAGGAAAAAAUACUUGAUUUUCGUUAACCCGGGUAAAAUGCGCUCUUCAGUUGUUGCUGUUCUCGGUAGCGACCCUCUUGUCCAAUAGUAGAAAUCUUUCAUCCAAAUUAUUUCGUAUUUCGUUGUUACACUAUCAGAUGGGUCUAAUUUUUUGUUUGUUAUGUCUAUACUUGACAAGCGUACGAGUGCGGAAUGUGUGCAAAAAGGUGUGUCCGAAGAUUGAAACUAAAAAAAUCAGAACAGGUUCAAACAAAUGAAAAAAUAAAAAAAAAAAAAACAGUAAGUAAUGUUCUAGACUAGCGCCCAGAGAUUAGUUCGUUAGUUGAAAUAAACUGAUACAACUGAUAAAAAUCAUCAUGCAAACAGCAAAACAAAACAAGAGAAAAAAGGUUAGCUGGAAAAGAAGUCGCAAUUUAACGCGAUGAUUUUUUUUCCUUCGGCGAAAAAAAAGAAGAGACAAAACAGUGGUUAAUUAGUUAUUUUCCUUGAGGCGAGAAAUCUCUUAAAAUAUAUUUUCUGACGAUUUAUUUUUUUUCUCACUGAUAGAAAUUCCUUUAUUUUUAUUAUCAUUACUGAUUAACGUAGUCCUAAGUUCGAUCUAUACAAGAAUGCAUGAUUCCCGAGAGAGAGAGAGAAACGUAAGCGCAGUGAGACACGGCGAAUUGUUGAGAAAUUCGCUGGCUGCGAGUGUGUGGUUAGUGUGUGUGUAUGCGAACAAUAAAAUACCUACAAAAAAUAAGAAAUUAUCUAGCAUAUAAGAGUGCAAGUGAGAGACUUUUCGCUGAAUUAAUAAGAAAGAAAAAAAUAAAGGUGGUAAAUAAUAACACUUGAAAUAAGAGAAGAGAGAAUAAAAUGGAAACUUGAACAUGGAUGAUUUGUAGAAGUAAAAACCGCCACAGAAGAAUGAAAAUGAAAAAUACGCAUUGAAUAAGAUACAAGUUUGAUCGUAAGUUAGCUAACACGGACACACUUAUCUCUCAAUGUAAAUAUUAACGAAAGAGUGGACAGGAAAAGCAUAAGGAAGGAAAAAACUAGACAAAAUCCAUACACAUAGAAACCGCUCUCCUCGGACUUACUCCGAAUAGCUGCGAAGUGCGUGACAGGAGAACCAUCUUAUUUGGAGAUAGAAAUCGAAGUUUGGUCGAAAAAGAGAAAAAAAGUAAGGGCGAACAAAAAUAUACCUAUAAAUAAAGGAAAACACGCAUUAUAAACAAAUUAUUACAAGAAAAAAAAAACAAGUAAAAAGGUAAAUAAUUAACAAGUAAGUUUUAGUAAAAAUAAACAGCCAGAUAAAUUAAAAAAGCAAACAGGGCGAGAAAGCAAAACAAACAGAAGCGGCAAGAGACGAAGCAAACUAAAAGUAGAGCUUUUGCACUUUGAGCCGGAGUAAAAUCACACGCGUUGGUUCAACAAGUAUUUAAAAUCAGAAACCCGACACAACAACAAAUAACAACAGCAGAGAACAAAACACAUGCGCGCAUGCCUGUAUGCAAAACAGUAAAAACCAACAACGUCAUAAAAAAGACACAAAAGGCGGAAAUCGACGAUUUCUCAUCCAGAGAGAGUAGAAAAAAAAUCCAGUAAAAAAAAAAACAAAAUAUUUAGUGAUCGGUAAAAAACUGAAACACAGUCACACUCACACAAACACACUGAAACUUACAUAAUUGAAACAAAACAGGAUAAAACCCAGACAAAGAGAAAUUAAGUCGGUGAGAGACAAAGCAAAGAGAACCGCUAAGAUGACACGACACUCACCCACUUUCACAAUGAUGAAACCAGACAGAACACACACACACUCAAACACAUAAACACACACACAAGCCAGACAUUAAGAAGAAAACAAAAAUAACAUCUCGAUCCCCCUUCUUUUGUAUAUGUAAUACUGUACGUACGUUAAACACAUGUAAUUUUACUGAAGACAAAAUAAAAUGAAAUUAAUUGAAAAAAAAAACUAA